CGAACCCGGACGUACUCUCGGUUAGUGUUGCUACAAACAGAGGUGGACAUGUUUACAGGAUUUUGCAGCUUUUGAAGUGAGAUGGAAGUUGCUCAAUUAAAUGAGAUUUUCAAGGAAGAACCCGUGUUCCAUGACAUUGAUGAAUCCAAGUACAAUGAGUCCAGAGGUGGAAAUGAUGGAGGCCAAAAAGUGUGUGCUAUCCUCAAGAAUCUGUCUGUGAGGCUAACAGACUGCAGGAAACUGCUGGGAUCAAAAGACUGUAUCUUUCUUGGACAGCGGCACAGCUACCGUUCUACGAGACAAAACCAUUCUUCAUCACGAGAAGGGAAGAAGGCCCAUGUUUGCUCAGAAUGUGGGAGGAAGUUCUAUUCACUGUCAUACCUGGAAAUGCAUCAGCAUGUACACAGAGGAGUAAAACCUAAUCACUGUGCUGACUGUGGAAAGGGUUUUACUUCAAUGUCUGGAUUAGUGUUACAUCAGCGUGUACAUUCUAGAGAGAAAUCCCAUACCUGUUCUUACUGCAAGAAGACAUUCUUUCUGCUAAGAGAAUUGAAAACACACCAAUGGGCACACACUGUAGGUCAACCAUAUCACUGCUCAGACUGUGGAUUGGGUUUUAGUAAACUGAAGGAUUUAAGCAUGCACCUACCCAAACAUAGUGUUGAGAAACCUUAUCAUUGUGAAGAUUGUGGAAAAAACUUUACCACCCAGCAGGGAUUAACCACUCACCAAAGGAUACACAGCGGAGAGAAGCCUUACCAUUGCACAGAGUGUGAAAAGGCUUUUGCGUCAUCGUCGGAACUGUAUAGUCACCAAAGGACACAUUCCAAGGAAAAAUCUUUCCAGUGCACCGACUGUGGAAAGUUAUUCAAGUCAGCAGCUGGGCUGAAAACUCAUCUGGUAAUGCAUAGAGAAGAUAGACCUUACCAGUGUUCUGAUUGUGGGAUAGGUUUCAGGAGAAUGUCUGGUCUGAAACUUCAUUGGAGAACGCACACUGGUGAGAAACCUUAUACGUGUCAAGAUUGUGGUAAGAAGUUUGCUCAACGCCCACAUUUAAAAGCACACCAGGUAACACACACUGGAGAGAGGCCAUUUUGUUGUACUGAUUGUGGCAAGGGCUUCACUCAGUCAUCUCAUCUAAGAAGCCAUCAGAAGUUGUAUCAUAAUGGAGAAAAACCCUUUAGCUGCACAGACUGCGGAAAAAGCUUCACAAUUGCCCAUUACUUGAAAAUACAUCGAUUAUCACAUACGAAAGAGAAACUGUACCAUUGCUCUUACUGUGAAAAGAUGUUUUCUUAUCACAAUGCCCUGAGAGCACAUGAACGCAGACACACCGGAGAGAAGCCUUACAGUUGCAACAUUUGUGGCGAUAGUUUCCGAACAUCGGGAGCCUUGUUGGUACACACACGUGGACACACAGGAGAAAAACCCUACUGCUGCAUUACCUGCGGAAAGUCGUACACCAAUGGACGCGCCCUACAAUUGCAUGAGAUGAACCACACUGGAGAGAGACCGUUUGCCUGCCAUUGUGGCAAAGCUUUCAAGUCACGGCCUGAGCUUGGUCAGCAUAAGAAACGACAUAAGCCUAACACUUUAGAAUGAGAAAAGGUAUCCAACAGAAAGACCAAUGACUUAUCUGGGAACACCUGGGGAAAAUAAGGAAUCACAACUAUGUCUCCCUCUUGAUAUUGUUGGUGGGUUUUCAUCACAUGCUUUUGGUAGAAAACGUACUGACUAAAAUGUACUGUAUGUAUUCAUUAAGGGUUUUUACUGUUGAGUAACUGCUAAACGGAUAUAUAUACAUACACACUACCGGUCAAAAGUUUUAGAACACCUCAAUUUUUCCAGUUUUUAUUGAAAUGUACAUAGUUUCAUGUCCCAAUGUACGCUGAAAUAUGUAAAAUGUAAUCUGAAAUCGCAGAUAUAACAGUUGAACACACUCGUGGCAUUCUUUCUACAAUGGAAAUCAAAUAUUGUUCGGAAAGUUCUUCCCAACACUGUUGCAGAAGUUCCCACAAAUGUGUUGCACUUGUAGGUUGCUUUGCACCUGUCCAGUUCAUCCCAAACCAGCUUGAUGGGGUUUAAGUCUGGAGACUGUGCUGGCCAUUCCAUGAUUUGAAGCCUACCCUCUUGU